UCCCGGACACCCGUGAAAUACUUUGGCGAUAACCACAUCUGUGGCGGUGGCCUAUUGACGCCGGACUGGGUGCUGACCUCCGCUCACUGCGUCAUGGACGAAUCGAAGACCAUGUUUAGGACGCGGGUGCUGCUGGUGGCGGCGGGAUCACCGAACCGGCUAAAGCUCGUCACGGGCAAGACGGUCUGCACCCCGGUGGAGGCACAGUACGUGACAAUGAACUUUACCAUGUUGAACACGGACAACAUGGCGAUGAUGCGUCUGAAAUAUUCUAUGCCCACUGGGAAUCCCCGCAUUGGAUUUCUCGAUCUGCCCUCUGACCCCCCGAAGUUUGGCUCGAAUUACAUAGUUUUGGGCUGGGGCAGAAUAUACAAGGGAGGUCCCUUGGCCUCGAAUAUCCUGCAGAUCGAUGUGCUUCUAAAAGACCAAGCGUACUGCGAGAAAAAACUAAAGAGCUUCAAAUGCGGCAUGAUGUGUAGCAAAAAUGACGGAAAUGACUCCAGUCCAUGCUCCGGUGAUCUUGGAGGGCCGUUGAUCAAAGACAAUAUAAUGGUUGGCAUCGUCACCUAUCCUAUGGGCUGUGGAUCCUCGAUUCCCUCCGUCUAUACGGACGGUCAGAGCAACAUUGAUUGGAUACGCGACACGAUGAGCAUCUGCUCCACCAUCACCAUGAACAUAAUUUCAAUAUUCAUCUUCUUACUCUCGCUGUUAGUGGCUUGAAAGUCAUAGUCACAGCUUUCAGAUGAGAGAUGAUUCGAUGGAAAGAGAGACAAUGCCUGUCCAAGCAUCACACAGAACAGAACUAAUAUUUGAGCCAAUUUGGAAGUCGAAUAAGUCAUUCAUUCAUAAACUUAGUUUUCGGUUGUGAGAUGCAUCGAUGAAAGUACAAGACAAUUGUUGUUAAUCCAAACCACAGCAUAGAACACAAGCUUGCUGAUUUUCGAAGAAUAGAGGCAACAGCUACUCGUAUGGCACCGCCUGGCACUUGCAAUCCCUUCUGGCUACUGGCUCUGUCACCCGGGAGCCGCAAUAUGCAGCAAGCUCUGGCUCUUAAUUGCCACAAAGGCCCCGCACAAGGGCCACGUCCAUGGGGCUUUAAUUGACAUUCGUCCCUCAAUUUAGCCGCAACCAGUAUCCCUGUCAGAAUCCCACACGAAAUCAGCUUUUUCCUUGCUGUGAAGUGAACAUGGAAUUCGGUUUCAG